ACGCGGACGGUGGUGAGCUAUUAGAUAGUAGCCACACAGAUCCGAUUGGCAGUCUGUCAUGCGCCGGUGCCACCGGACUCUCUGACCACCAACAGCAAAUGGAUUAACUAUCAUCCCCAGACACAAAUAUGCCCAUCAAGUCCAACCAGUUGGAUUUUAUUUCUGGUGGUAUAUUUAAAAGGUCUAAUUUUAACUAGGAUAAUUUGAAAUAAUAUAAAUACUGAAACAUUUCGUCUUCUAAUCAUUUGGAUGGUUUUUUUUUUUCUCAUAGGUAUAUCUUGACAUCACAUGUGCGCCAUACAUAGUUCUUAAACUCCCCAUUGUCAUCCUACCUGACCUUUCCGAAGAAAAUCUCUUACCUCCUUCCAGUAGCUACAGUUGUGAAGUAUUUGAAACUUCAUAUGAGCCAAGUAUUUCAACACUCAAGAUGACCAAGUCUUUCUAUCUAUCAACUCUUCAAAGUGUUGUCCAUUUGUUUAUUUCUCCUGGCCUGCUUUUAAUAUCUCAUGUAUCAAAAUGUAACAGUUUUCACUCCACUGUCAUUUAAAUGAGAUUUUUUUUUUCAUAAGAAAACUCUUAUGUCACAAUGACACAGCAUAACAAAGUUUCACAUUUUUAACUCCUAUAUAAAAUAAGGAUAAUCAAAAGGAUGUUUUCAAAAAUAAUAUGCGCUACAUAUCUGAACACUGAAUUUAAGCUAAAUCUGCCUCUAUUUUUUUCAAAAAAAUACUGCCGUGUUUUCAUGGCUUUAUGUUUUUUCCCUGAAUGCACACCUCAAGGUGUCCCAACCAGUUUCACGUUUUGUCAUCAGACAACCUGAACAGGUUUGUCAGGAUUUACAAGCUCACCUGCAGGGUUUAUUCUUUAGCAGAAUUGACUAAGGAAGACUAUUGGAUUCACACGGUUCAAACUUCAACUUGGUUUGAGCUUCUCACUCUGAUGAAAAUGACCAUCAAACACUUUCAGAUUGAAUACGAUGCCAUCAACAGAAGGAACAUUUUUACCAACAGAGAUACCAUAAAUGGACGGAUCAUCCUAGAAGCCAUGAAGAAAACAAGAAUCCAGUCACUUGUUUUUAAAGCUACAGGAAAAGCUUCACUUCGCUUAGUUAAUUAUUAUGGGAACAUAAUAGACAGGGAGGAUGAGAGAGAUGAUCAUAAUCACCUGGACAAAAUAAAAUAUUAUCGAAUAAAACAGGAUAUUCUGAAAGAAGGAGAACAAGAUGACUGGAACGUCAUUGAAAAAGGAAGGCAUGUCUUUCCUUUCAGCUUCAAGGUACCAAACAGCCGAAGAAUACCUUCAUCUUUCUGCUCAGUCUUUGGUCAAAUUGUUCAUACGUUGAAGGCAGAGCUCAAGCAACCAAUGAAGCUGACAAAAAAAGCUGAAACUCACUUCACAUUUGUGUGCAAGGCAUCCGAAUCAGGACUUAUGGCCCGUCAACAUGGAAGCAUGAACAAAAACAUUGCUCUUGGCUCUGGAAAGGUUUCAAUGACUGUCCACACAAGGCAGAGAGGAUACAAACAAGGUGAGGCCCUCCGGGUCCGGCUUGAAAUUGAGAAUCUCUCAAGUCGUUCAGUCAAACCUAAAUUUGUACUUGAUGAGAAGAAGAGCUACUUUAGCAUAAACCGAAGUAAAAUUCAGAAACAUGAGAUACUGAAGGAAAAGGCAGAUGCAGUUGAAUCAUUCUCUGGCAAAAAAACGGUAAUAAAGGAGAUCACCAUCCCUCGAGAGCUUUCCCCGUCCAUUUUGAACUGUUCCAUCAUCAAGUUAGAGUACAGAUUAAAGGUAUAUCUAGAAAUCACAUGUGAGGCAGACUUAGUGGUCAAACUCCCCAUUGUCAUCAUACCUGAGCUAUCUGAGGAGGAUCCUUCUGGACGUCCAAAUCAGCCAGCCUGGAUGUCACAACCAAUGGGUGCUCCACCUCCCUAUGAAGAAUAUGCAAUGUACCCUUCUUUUCCUUUUGGAGUUUAAAGAACUCAAUUUUUAAGGCUUCCUUUAAAGGGAAUAUUAUGGUUUUUGUAUGACACACCAGCAGCAGUUUUUGCACCUCGUCAUUGCCUGUGUGACGGAUCAUCCUAGUAAAUUGUGUCUACAGCACAAUUUGACAAAUUUGCUGCACAAUUGAGCCAAAGAAAACAUGACUGAGAUAAUUUCCUUUAGAGAACACAACAGCUACUGCAGGCGACUUUAAUAUGAAUUCAAACUAGGUUUUCCUAUUAAAGAAAUGUCUGAAGUAUGUAACGUAAUGUUGAUAAAAGGCUUUGUGAUGGGCUAGAAAUGUAUACAGCCAGGAAGACCACCUCCUCUUCCCACUGAAUGCUGAAGAUAGGCAAUUAGAAGCCAUUGCAACCUUUGAUGCACAGUUUGAAAUGUGUCUACAUCCAGCUGGAUCACAGAGUCAGAAAUGCUGUAAAGAGAGGGAAAAUGAAACCCAAUCCUUGUCUUACUUGGGGGUACUGCAGCUGUAAAUAAUAAAUUUUUCUAUCCAA